GGUUUCCACAGGCGGAACCCACCGAUUCAUCGGACCCGCGAGGGGCACGGAUGCCUUGGGCGUCGUACGCGGUGGUGCUCCUGGCGGUGGUUGCCUCCGUGGUCUUUGGGAACAACGAAUGGUAGCCGCAUUCGAAAGCCACCAGCCCUUGCCAUGCCGGAGGUGUCUUUCGUCCCCCGGAGACGGAUCGCGCAAUGGGUUCGCGGGGAAACUCGGUGGGGACGGGGAACGAACGCGGGCCAUCCCCCCCCCGUCGAUUGCGGAAGGAUGCACCGCUGCCGGUACGGUACACAUCCGUGGGCAUGGCAUCGAUGCGGCCGGACCCUUCCGCGGUAUCGGAUGGGGAAGAGCCGGGGCAUGGCUCGUCGGGAACGGAACGCCCGAUCGGACGAGACGCACGCACGCACGCACGCACCGUCAAACACAGCAAGAACAGAAAACAAAGUGCCGUCGUUCCCGAGCGGGAAGGGACGGUUCGGAACGCGCGACCAAACACCGGCAAAGGCACCAGAGUGCGAUACGGCAGAGACCGCUCGACCGGCAAACGAGCGAGCAAGCAAUGGUCCGACCCCUUUCUCAGAGCAUGGGAACCCGUGACUCCCUCCCCGCGUACCAUGCCGCACACGGUGCCUUUUGCUAGCAACUCCAUUCGCAUACAUACUAAACAGUGUUCAAGUUUGUGGUGCAGUACAGUACUCGUACUUUUUGUCAUCGGUAUACGGUAAUAGUAUUGUUUAUGGGUGUGUAUGAGUCGAGUACAGUGCAUCGCGUGUGUCCACGCUUGMACGGUACCAUGUGCACCGAGCCCAUACAACACGAGCGACAAACCAUGGAACGCAAUCCCCGUGCCRGUGUGUACCGAUCAACGUGCAACACGACACGGCACCGCACCAAACCGAAACCAAAACCAAUCCAUCCCCCGCAACGCAACGCAACCCGGGACUACUGUUCCGCAACAAAGACCGCACCAAGAGCGGUUCGUUCUGUGAACGCGAACCAGCAUGCGAUGCCGCGUCAUGGAUUGAUUCUGUUCGCCCCACCGAGAUGUCCUCCACGAUUGUCCUCUUGCUUCGUUUUGUAUCGAUUCGAUUGACUCUGUUUCUUUGUUUCGUUCUUCCUUUCCUCCAUUCUCCCUCCGCCGRCCGCAAUGCGUUGCACGUAGUAUUGUGAUUCGAUUUGCGCCGCCUUCCAAGCCUUGUUUGUUUUCUUUGUUUGCUUUUGUUGUGUUGUGCUGUGCUGUGCUUUUCUCUGCCGU